CUCCAUACCCAAACCGCGAAGGCUCGAGAAGCUCACGCACUCUCACCAGAGGCCCAUCCCAUCAGCCAAUGGCACUGAGGCACGUCACCCCUCUCUCCUCUCUCUUUCUCCCCUCUCCGUAUAAAGCCCUCACUCGCCGACUCACUGCUCUCAGGACUCACUUCUCUGUCUCCGCCAUGGCGUCCGCUCCUUCUGGAAAGGUUUUGGUUCCCGUUGCGAACGGCACGGAGCCCUUGGAGGCGGUGAUUGUCAUCGAUGUGCUGCGGAGAGCUGGCGCCGAUGUCACUGUGGCUUCUGUGGAGAAGCAGCUGCAGGUGGAUGCUUGCCAUGGUGUGAAGAUUGUUGCGGACGAGCUCAUUUCGAGCUGUGGUGAUCGCGUCUUUGAUCUCAUCACUCUUCCUGGAGGAAUGCCAGGUGCUGCUACUCUUAGAGACUCUGGAGUUUUGGAGAGUAUGGUGAAGAAGCAAGCUACAGAUGGGCGGCUUUAUGCAGCAAUAUGUGCAGCUCCGGCUGUGGCACUUGGAUCAUGGGGUUUGCUGAAGGGUUUGAAGGCAACUUGUUACCCAUCAUUUAUGGAGCAAUUAUCAUCAUCGGCGACAGCAGUUGAAUCAAGAGUCCAGCUAGAUGGUAAAGUUGUGACAAGUCGUGGACCUGGCACUGCCAUGGAGUUCGCAGUUGCACUGGUCAAGCAGUUGUAUGGGAAAGAGAAAGCAGAUGAAGUUUCUGGACCACUGGUAAUGCGUUCUAACCAUGGAGAUGAAUAUACCGUGGCAGAGCUGAAUCCAUUGAAGUGGACUUUUGAUAAUUCCCCACAGAUUCUUGUGCCUAUUGCCAAUGGCACAGAAGAAAUGGAAGCUGUUAUAAUCAUUGAUGUCCUGCGACGAGCAAAAGCAAAUGUUGUGGUGGCCUCUGUUGAAGAUAAAUUAGAAGUCAUUGCUUCUCGAAAAGUGAAAUUAGUGGCAGAUAUGCUCCUUAAUGAAGCUGUUAAAUGUUCAUAUGACCUUAUUGUCUUGCCAGGUGGCCUUGGUGGUGCCCAAGCAUUUGCAAACUCAGAAAAGUUGGUAAAUCUGCUGAAGCAGCAGGCAGAAUCAAAAAGGCCUUAUGGAGCAAUAUGUGCAUCCCCGGCUUUGGUCUUGGAACCUCAUGGAUUACUCAAGGGUAAGAAAGCAACCGCAUUUCCCGCAAUGGGCAGCAAGCUGUCGGAUCAGAGUGAAAUUGAGAACAGAGUGGUGGUCGAUGGCAACCUGAUCACCAGCAGAGGGCCCGGGACUUCCAUGGAGUUCUCGUUGGCAAUUGUGGAGAAGCUGUUCGAACGGAAGAAAGCACUAGAGCUUGCAAAGACCAUGCUUUUUACACGCCCAUAGUACCUUGUACAAAUGACUAUGGAACAUAAAAUAGAACCUAAAACUAUAGGGGGAAGGGCAACGAAAAUCUGAAUGCAUAUUUGAAUAUGUAAGUUCAGGUUUGCGGCUAUGUGCAGGUGUGUGUAAUAAAUAAAAGGGUUGAGAUGUCUA